AUGCAGUUGAAAGACCGUUGUUUAGUUGUUGUCGCACUAAUCACAGGUCGUAACUUUCCUAAUCGACCUACAUAUCAUUUAGUAUGUGAAGCCAAAUUCAAUAAUGAAGUUUUAUCAACUGAUCCAGUUGAACAUAAUGAAGAACCCCAAUUUGAACAGGAACUUGCUUGGGAUUUAGAUAAAACAAGUUUAAAACAACAUCGUUUACAACGGAGUGCAUUGAAAGUGACGGUAUCCGCUGUCGACAGCCAAUCACCAGUUAAAGAACCGAUUGGAUUUUUCAUGUUAGAUUUACGUUCAUGUUCUACUGGAAAAGUCUACAAGUGGUAUCGAAUUCUGCAUAGUAAAUAUAAAAGCAGUCCAGCUGUAUUUGCUUCAAUUUAUUUAGAUAUUGAAGGACAAGAACUUGUUCCAAAUCCAAAAAUCAAAACAGGUUUAGCGAUGAGCCUAUCAGAAGCUGAUUUAAUACCUCGUGUUUAUAAUUCAGAAGAAGACAAUCAACACUUUUCAGUACCUACAACAAUGGCAAAUAUACAAUCAACAAAUAUCACUUGGUAUACAAUUGGUCCAAGGCGUUUAGCAAAAGAAUAUUUUAUAUCAACAGUUGAUAUUCUACGUAUUUAUUUUGUGCAUAUUACUCCAUUAGUGAUCAAAUUUUGUUUUGGAAGUCAUGUAUUAGCACAUGCAACUGUUCCAGUAGAACAACUAAUACCGUUCAAUGAUCAUAUACUACAGAAUACUGCUGUAUUAAAUAGAAGUUUUGACCUUAUAUCCGAAGAAUCUGAUCAACAAUUAAAAGAAUAUCAAAGUAAGCAUACUGAAGAUAAACCACGUGUCAAUAUAAACAUAACACUUCGACGAUAUCCUGAUAAAAAUGCAAUACAACAACGAUCAACCAUGACAAAUAAUAAUAAUAGUAGCAGAAGAUUGCGCAAUAUGACAGAUUCAUUGAAUCAUAUUUUUUCACUGAAUCUCGAUCCAUAUGCAGAUGUAAAUACAAUGAGUUCGAAUGUAAAUGAAAAUUAUGAUCAGUUUGUAACUUCGUUACCGGAGGGAAAAACACUUAAACAAUCCAGUAGAACACUUGAACGUGAUGAUUUUUUAUGUCCAUCAAACCUGCUGAACGUUUAUCAGUCAAUGGAUGGUACACCCAAUUGGCAUCGUUAUUGUUACACUAUUGAACUAAGAAGUGUAAAAAGUAUUCAAGGUUUCGACCAUGAGUUACAACUUUACGCCAGAUAUGUAUAUCCAUUGUUUGGAAGUGGAGCCCCAGUUAUGACACUUCCACCAAUUGCCGUAGCCAGACAUCAAGAGGUUAUUCUUCCGCAUGGGUUUUGUGCUUUUGAGUUUGCUGCAUCGCCUGAAGAAUUAAAAACUCGUCUUAAUGACAAUCCAUUGAAAGUGGAAUUUUUCGAUCGAUCACAAGGUACUUUAGCAACAGAUUCCUUCAUUGGAUAUUCCCUUAUACCUUUAGUAUCAGUCUUUGAAUCAUCAAUUGUUAAAGAAGAUUUCGGUGCACAUACUGUAGAUAGUAAUGCAUCUGUAUUGGAUAUGACAAAGGGAUUAGUUCAUCAAAUAAAUGAUGAAAUCAAGUCUGAACCAUCAGAUAUACGAUCAACCCGUGAAUAUCAAGUGGCCAUUGAGUUGGAACUGUGGCGUGCAGCAGAAGAAGCCAAAUUCACUGCUCAAUUAAAGAAACGAGAACAGACACUGAUGGCUACACUUGCUGAAGAAUGGCAUAAAAGGGAUAGUCAACGAGAAAUUAUAUGUCGUAAAAAGCUUUCUGAAUAUCAAGCUCUGGAGGAAAAAUUGCGCAAUACACUCAUUGAACUUGCUACUAGAGAGCGUCAGCUAACCGCAGGUGAGGCAGAAUUGGUACGCCUGAAAAAGAAAAUGCAAGGGAAUUGGAAGUUAGACGCAAAGAAUUGA